AUGUUUAAUAUCUUUAGUUUAAUCUGCAUCUGUCUUAAUUCUGUCUUUUAUUCGAGUAGUUUUUUCUUCGCCAAAUUGCCCGAAGCUUAUGCCUUUUUAAAUCCAAUCGUAGAUGUUAUGCCUGUCAUACCUGUACUUUUUUUUCUCUUAGCCUUUGUUUGGCAAGCCGCUGUAAGUUUUCGAUGA